GAGUUUUUCGGGUUCCGAAAAGUGGAAGCGGGGAAGAUUGACGACACGCCAGUUUGCAAAAAAUGCUGAGCUGAAGUACCUCAAACCUGUUUUUCCACCUUCGUCUUCAUCACCCUGAAGAUUUUGCUACAGCAGAAAGAGCAAGCUCACAGAAGCGACAGAGAGUCCCCACUUCCAGUCAGCUAACACUGUUUCAGUCAGUGGAGAAGAAAAGAAAGGCAGACAUGGCUCGUGCAUGUCAGGAUGAAGCCAUCACUAAAUCACUGGCUUACUUCAUCGCAAAGGACAUGAUGCCCUUUAGAACAGUUGAGAGGCCAGGGUUCAAAACACUGAUGAAUACUGUUGCUCCUAAAUACAAAAUCCCAAGAAGACAACAACUUUCUGAAAAAGAAAUCCCCAACAUGUACCUGAAAGUUAAAGCUGACGUUGUCAGCUCUCUGGCAGAGGCACAGCAUGUUGCUUUUACUACAGAUCUGUGGACCAGCAAUACAGGCCACCCCUACAUGAGCUUAACCGCACACUUCAUAACACCGGCGUGGGAAAUGAAGGCUGCAUGUCUGGAGACAGCUUUCCUACCUGAGGACCACACUGCAGAAAACAUCAAACAGGCCUUUAAUAAUCUAAUCGCAGAAUGGGGGAUUGACCAAACAGCAGAAGUAUGUGUUAUGACCGACAAUGCCACCAACAUGAAGGCUGCGUUUAAAUCUCUCCCAUCCAACUGGAUCAGCUGCUUUGGGCAUAAUUUAAAUCUUGCACUUGGAAAGGCCCUGAAGAUUAACCAACUAGAAGCUGCUGUGAAGGCGUGUAGGAGUGUGGUCCAAGGAUUCAACCACUCAUGGAAGAGAAGGAGGGAGCUGGCAAAGAAACAGGCAGAGCUAAAUCUGCCUCAGCAUACCUUAAUCCAAGAUGUUGUUACAAGAUGGGGGUCUACAUACGACAUGAUGUCAAGGUUUGUUGAACAGCAUACUGCAGUGGCAGCUACUCUCAUGGGGGACAGAAAUACCAGGCACCUUGUGCUGAAGGGGUCCUACAUCUCUACUCUUGAGGAUGCAUGUAAGGUCCUGAAGCCACUCCGAACCUUCACUGAUUCCCUGGCUGCAGAGACACGUAUCACAAUCUCCUCCCUGAGACCUGUCCUGCAUCUGAUGGCAUCCAUCUUGGCAGAGGAAGAUGAUGACAGCAGCCUGAUGAAGAGUAUGAAAUGUGUCAUCCGCCAGAACUUAGAAGAGCGGUAUGAAGAUCCGGACAUGGCUAAAGUGAUGAAUAAUGCCUGUGUACUGGACCCACGCUUCAAGCUGACCUUCACAGAAGAAGAAGCUAAUGUGAUUCCUGCAAUCAAAAGCCAGCUAGAGCAGCAAGUUGCUACCAGUGAAGGAAGCUCUUGUUCACUAUCACACCAGGAGUCUUCUGCCAGAGGAGAGAGUGAAGAGGAGAACACAGAGGUCUGCAGCUCUGAGCCCUCAGAGGGCUUGGCAGGUAUUUUAAAAAUGAUCUCAAAGAAAACACAGCAGCGGAAGGGACAAUCAGCAGAAACUGAGAGACAAACUGCAGUCCUUGAAGUUUCUGCAUACACAUCCAUGCCCACCAUUCCUGUAGAGAAAGACCCAUUGCAAUGGUGGAAAGCUAAUGAGGAUGAGUUUCCAAGGUUGGCAAAACUGGCAAGGAAGGUCCUUUGUGUUCCUGCCACCAGUGUUUCAUCUGAAAGACUUUUCAGUUCUUCAGGGAACAUUCAGACAGUGUUUCGCUCCAGCUUGACACCUGAUAAACUUAACAUGCUUGUUUUCCUUCAUAAAAAUCUACCAUAGGCAGAGAAUGGAAACAGAAAAAGAA